AUGCAUCUCCGGGUGGACGCUGUGGCCACUGAGUACCUGCGUCUCAGGAAGAGGGUCUGGCGGGGCCUCCCCCGGGACCUGUCCCGCGUCCACGGACCACGGAGCGCAGGAGCCGCCGCGCCCUCCGCGAAACAGCGUCCCGAGGCGCGCCACGGAAGGGCCCAGCUGGGCGAGGGACCCGGUCCCCGCACGGGCCGCCCUGAGCGGCGGGGACGCAGGAGGGGCUCCCGGCUCCACCAGCGCCUGCCCCAGACGGGGACCUGGACCCGCGAGGACCUGGAGCCCCGCCCGCGGCUGCCCCCCAGAGCCGCCGCCCCGAGGCCGCAGCGGCCGGGGCUGCUCCGAGGAGGACACGCCAGAGGCCAGAGACUCCGGCGGCCCCGCGCUGCCUCCCGUCUGCGGAGCGGGCGAGCGGCGGGGCUGGGUGAGCCGGACCCGGGAGCACGGCUGGCGGCGCUCGGCCUUCGAUGGGGAGCGACAGCUUAGAGGGUUUUUCCUGUGCCGGCCGCCGGCCACGCUGGGCUGCAUCACCGCCGCACCUGCCUGCGCGGGCGCCGGGCACCGCGGGCGGGAGCUUCUGGCCGAGCUGCACUUCCCCAAGGAGGCUCCGCGGCCUGGGAACAGCAAGGCCGGGACCAGCGGGGCUGCACCGCCCUGCACGUGGCAGCCACGUACCUUGGAGAUGGUGACGCGGCUGGUGGGGACCUAGGACGCCGAUGUGGACAUUAG